CGGAAAGGUUGCGCCGCUUGUGUACAGUAUGAGUGGCAAAAAUGGGCAAACCCAUGAGGCAAUCUCAAUCUCCGAGUGUCUCCGAAGUGGUUCAUUCACAUUAUCUAGAAGUGAUUCAUUUUUGACCAUUACGGAAACGGAACUCUCCGAGCUAUCGCCGCGAAGCGACUUCUUCUCGCCUCGAUUUCACAGAAGCACCACACAAUCGGAUUCGGCAUCGAUUUCAUCAUCAUUCUCGCCUGCUGCUCUUGAUAAAUUGUGCGAAGUGGUAGAUGGAGCCAAGGUCAAAUUCCUUGGCACCCCAGUUUUUAGUCAAGGAGACAGAGUGAUAGUGAGCUUCUCGGGCGCACACGGCAGAGCUUGGAACAGAUUGAUGGAGGGGGCAGGUGGCUGGAAAACCAGUUGUGUGUUUCUGCCCGACAAGAAAACACCAGGCUAUGGCGUUCACGCCACAAGAUAUUUCGCACACAGAGUUGAAAAAAGCUGUUUCUGUGACAUGCUGUAUGGCGAAACCGUGGAGUGGGGUUGCCGCUGGUUCCAAAUGUGGAUGGAGAACACACGUCGAGCAGAAGAGAUGAGUUGUGAGCUUGUCGUUGUCACAAAACCAGACGGCAGUCUUGGGCGCUCACAAAGUGGAGAGGUUGAGUUUCUCCGCAAGUCCGGCUACAUCUUCGAAGAGAGGAGUGUCCGGGAAUUCGCCGAGGAUGUGCUGACCUUUUUUUUGGCCGAUCUGCGUGCGGAAGGCAAAUCUUUGAGGAUUCGUUCGCCGUCCAGGUCCAGGUCUCGUUUGCCAUCCCUAGGUGUGGACAGGGACAGCAGCGAUGACGAGUUUGCGAUUGAACUCAGCAGUUCCAACAAAAGAUGGCCGACAGACCCCCAAGGCCUUUUGCUUCGUGAGCAGUGAGAGCUCUUUCUUCAAGCUUCCAAAAGGAAGCAAAUAUUUUCCCUCAAUGCUGACAAUUUAGUUAGAUGUAGCUAGUCCCUGCACAGUGCUCAUGACUGAAAA